AUGCUUCAGGAUCACAUGGUACUCUACUUCUUGGUUGCUAUCCUGCUUGCUUGUACUGUUGUAGUCCGCUACCGAAAGAGCCCUUGGCGCCGACUCCCUCCAGGGCCUCGAGGGCUCCCCCUCCUUGGCAACAUCUUGCAGUUCAAGGAUGGCAAGUGGCUUCUAUUCAGCGCUUGGCGCAAGUUGUAUGGUGACAUGAUCUAUCUGAACGCCGCUGGUCAACCGGUGAUCGUGCUCAACAACCAUAUCAUCGCGACCGAACUACUAGAUCGUCGGGCGGGGAACUAUACCGACAGGCCUCGAAACAUCGCGGGGAGCGAGAUCAUGUCCGGUGGGCUGUUCUUUGCGUUUGGCCGUUAUACCGAAGUGUGGCGUCGUAUGCGCAAGGCUACUCAUGAAGCGGUGAACAAGGUCGUCGUACACGGUCUCAAUGACUACUUGGCAUCGGACGCUCUAGUCCUAGCGCGCAGUAUCUUGCAAGAUGCUCCAUCGUGGGAAGACCAGUUGCAUCGAGCCUCAGCCAGCUCAAUGCUGUCCUGUUUGUAUGGAGAGGCACCUCUUGAGAGCGAAAACGACUCUCGUAUUACCCUGAUAAACGAGUUCAUGGCGAACCUCACGCGCGCAUUUGCUCCUGGGGCGCACUGGGUUGAGAUGAUGCCGUGGUUGCGUUACGUCCCGAGCAGAUUCGCAUCUUGGAAGCGGAGAGCGGAGCAGGUGAAUAGGGAUGCCAACGGCGAGUUCAUUCGCAUGUUCGAACGCGCUCAGGACAGCAUUAGCGAAGGUGACAAACAAGGAUCAUUCUGCGCCGUACUCGCUCAGCAAGCCGAUCGCUACAAACUCAACACUCGAGAGAGCGCGUGGUGUGCUGCUACAAUGUUUGCUGGAGGCGCCCACACAACUGCUACCAUGAUGGUCUGGUGGGUGCUUGCGAUGCUAGUUUCUCCGGAAUCACAGCAACGAGCGCAACGCGAACUGGACUCCAUCGUAGGACGCUCGCGUGUACCUACGUUUGCAGAUAUACCUCAGCUUCCGUACAUUUGUGCCAUGGUGAAGGAAGUUCUGCGAUGGGGAGCAGUGAUGCCUCUUGGACUACCUCACCGAUGUAUGGAGGACGAUAUGUAUGGAGGAUACUUCAUUCCCAAGGGGUCUAUCAUCAUAGCAAACGUCUGGGAGAUGAAUCGCGAUCCGGAGGUCUUUGGACGGGACUGCGAUCGUUUCAAUCCUGCUCGAUAUCUCGACGAGAAAGACCAAGGCCUACUAGAUCCUCCUGGCACAAAAGAUGAUGGACAUUUCACCUACGGGUUUGGGCGACGAGUCUGCGUGGGUAAGCACGUUGCUAACAAUAGCCUCUUUAUCGAGAUAGCCACAUGCCUGUGGGCAUUCUCCUUCACCAAUGUGGACGGCCAAACGAUCGACGUCAACGCCUUUCGCGACGAAGGGGUAGUUGUCCACCCCGAACCUUUCCAGCUCGACAUCAAACCUCGUUUCCCCGAAGCACUUGCACUCCUUUCGGAAGAGUGCGAGCUACGAAGUCGUUGA